GAACCACUUUGUGGCUGGCUGGACAGACUGGAACCUGGCCCUAGACAUGAAGGGGGGGCCCAACUGGGUGAAGAACUAUGUGGACAGCCCUGUCAUCGUGGACAGCAGCAAAGACGUCUUCUACAAGCAGCCCAUGUUCUACCACCUGGGGCACUUCAGCAAAUUCAUCCCCGAGGGCUCGCAGCGUGUGGGGCUGCACAGCAGCCGCCGAUGCCUCACCUGCCAGCUGGAGCAUGUGGCCGCCCUGCGCCCUGACGGGGCCCUCGUCCUGGUGGUCCUCAACAAGUUUGGCUGGGAUGUUCCAUUUGGGAUCCGGGACCCCGCUGUUGGUUUCAUCCAGACUGUGGCUCCAGCCAACUCCAUCCAGACCUACCUCUGGCGUCAGCAGUGAUGGCAAAGGCAGUGCUGGGGACGGUGUGGAGUGCCUGGGAAGGCACUGUCACCUCCUACCACGCAGAGCCAGAAAGCAGCAGGUCCUGCUGUCCUGCUGCCCCACGCCCAGCAGAGACACGGCAAGAGGUUUUUGUGGCAGCAGCCCUGAUCCUUGCCCUCAGCGUCCAUCCGAGCCCUGCUGCAGCAGAGGUGCCAUGGGACCUGGGUGUGCCAGCAUCCUGGGCUGGCUCCUGCUCACGCAGGCAGCACUGCAGGCGGCAGGUGGCCGGCCCUGUGAUGCCAAGGACUUCGGGCACGGCUCAGUGGUGUGUGUCUGCAGUGCCACAUACUGCGACACACUGGACCCGGUGGUGCUGCCGGCCCCAGGCACCUACGUCAAGUAUGAGAGCAGCAAGGCUGGCAAGCGGCUGGAGCGCAGCCAGGGCAGCUUCCAGCACAAUGGGCAGACCCCAGACUUCCACCUCACCCUGGACACAGCACAGAGGUACCAGAAGGUGAAGGGCUUUGGUGGCUCCGUCACAGACUCAGCUGCCAUCAACAUCCAGUCCCUGUCUAAGGAUGCCCAAAACCACCUGAUCCGCUCCUACUUCUCCGAGGAAGGCAUUGAGUACAACCUCGUGCGCGUCCCCAUGGCCAGCACCGACUUCUCUGUGCGUCUCUACACCUACGCCGAUGCGGAGGGGGACUUCGGGCUGAAGCACUUCAACCUGACAGAGGAGGACACGCGGAUGAAGAUCCCCAUCCUUCAGGCAGCACAGGCAGUGGCCAAGCAGCCACUGUCACUGUACGCCAGCCCCUGGACUUCUCCAGUCUGGAUGAAGACAAACGGUGCCAUGACAGGGAGGGGGACACUGAAGGGCAGCCCCGGGGACAAGUACCACCAGGCCUGGGCCAAGUACUUCAUCCGGUUCCUGGACGAAUAUGCCAAGCACAACUUGACCUUCUGGGCUGUGACAGCAGGGAACGAGCCCACGGCUGGUGAGAUUGUCUUCUACCCCUUCCAGUGCCUGGGCUUCUCCCCUGAGCACCAGCGAGACUUCAUCGCACAGGACCUGGGUCCUGCGCUGGCCAACAGCUCCCACCGCCACGUCCAGCUCAUCAUCCUGGAUGACCAGAGAGUGAUGCUGCCUUACUGGGCCCAAGUGGUUCUCAAAGACCCUGUGGCCGCCAGCUACAUCAGCGGCAUCGGCAUCCACUGGUACCUGGACUUCCUGGCACCCAUUGACCUCACACUCUCCAUCACCCAUCACCUCUUCCCGGACUAUUUCCUCCUCUCCACAGAGGCCUCCACUGGGUCCUACUUCUGGGAGCCCAGGGUGGUGCUGGGUGGCUGGGACCGUGGGAGCAAGUACAGCCACAGCAUCCUGACGAACCUCAACAACUAUGUGACUGGCUGGACAGACUGGAACCUGGCCCUGGACUUGGAGGGGGGCCCCAACUGGAGCAAAAACUACGUGGACAGCCCUGUCAUUGUGGACAGCAGCAAGGACGUCUUCUACAAGCAGCCCAUGUUCUACCACCUGGGGCACUUCAGCAAGUUCAUCCCCGAGGGCUCGCAGCGUGUGGGGCUGGCUGUCUCCAAGAGGUGUCGCCAGUGUGACCUGGAGCACUCAGCUUUCCUGCGCCCCGACGGUGCCAUCGUCCUGGUGGUCCUGAACCGCUCCCCCAUGGAUGUGUCCUUCGGGAUCUCUGACCCGAGGGUUGGCUUCUUUGAAGCCACAGCUCCCAGUGACUCCAUCCAGACAUUCCUAUGGAAGCAGCCAGCCUAGUGGGGCUAGGACUGGCAGAGGACAGAGGUGCUGGCACCAUGAGCCUGUUGCUGGUGCAGGGCUUGGGGAUGGGUCUUUGUACAGGGCUGGGGCUGCAGCAGAGCCCCUGCAGCCAUCUGGUGCCCCAGGGGACCUAUUUGAUCCAAGGCCUGUAAGGUCUGCCCUUUUCUAGAGGUUUUCAUAAAAUAAACAGGUUUUCUACAA